AUGGGCCCGGCCUUGGCCUCACAGCGGACUCUCCAUGCCCAGCUAGCUCUCGCCUCACUGCGGCCUCCCCAGUCCAAAGCUCCUGCCUUUCGGCCACUUCGGCAGGCCCAGCUUCUGCCGGCCAGUGGCCUCUUUAGGCCCAGCUCAUUCCUCACAACGGCCUUUCCAGGCCCCGUUUUUCCCUUCCGGCGGCCUCUCCGGGCCCAGAACCUCCUCAAGUUGGUCUCUCCAGACCCACUUGCACCCUCCGGGUGUCCUCUCCAGGCCCAGCUCUUCCUCCCAGCUGCGUCUCCAGGCCCUACUCCUGCCUCCCAACAACCUCUUUGGACUCAGUGCCUGCCCAUCUCCUGGCGGCCUUGGUCAGCCCACAGCUUCCUCAAGCCAAGCUCCCCAGGCCCAGGUCAGGCCUCACGGUGGCCUCUCCAGGAUCAGCUCCUGCCCUCCGAUGGCGUCUCCAGGCCCCAAAUGGUCUCCGGUCGGUGGGCUCCUUCACGCCCAGCUUGGGCCUCCCGGCGACCUCUGCAGGCCCAAGUCGUCUUGAAGUCGGCCUCUCCCAGCCCUGCCUCCCAGCAAGUAAGCAAGCUUUUUUGGCUCAGCUCCUGCCCAGCUCCCAACCGCCUUUAUAGGCCCCGAACUUUCUCCAGCCAAGCUCUUCGGGCCCACCUCCUGCCUCCCGGUGGCCUGUACAGGCCCAGCUCUGGCUGGAGAACAGCCUCUGCAGGCCCCGCUCUUGCCUCCCAGGGGCCUCUCCAGGCCCAGCUCUCGCCCCCACAGCGGCCUCCUGGGGCCAAGUCCCUGCCUGCCUCCUGGCAGCCCGCGUGCGGCCCAGCUCCUCCCUCACGGUGGCCUGUUGAUGCCCAACUCAUGCCUCUGGCACCCUGCCCAGAGGCGUGAGCCCCUGCCUCAUACCAGCU